AUGGCCCAACCGUCCGUUCAUCAGCUUUACAAGCGCGUCCAGGAAGUAGGACGAGGCACAUAUGGAUCCGUUCAUAAGGGCGUACAUAUUCCAACUGGCAAUGUUGUUGCUCUCAAGAUCAUCAAUCUGGAUACUGCAGACGACGAUGUGGCGGACAUUCAACGCGAGGUUGCCUUACUAACUCAGUUGCGCGAUGGACCAAAUAUUACGAAGUAUUAUGGCUGUUACAUGGACGGACCACGCGUAUGGAUUGUCAUGGAGUAUGCUCAAGGCGGCAGCGUGAGAACGCUCAUGAAGGCUUUUCCGAACGGGACGCUGGAAGAGAAGUACAUCGUCAUCAUCACUCGCGAGGUACUAGCAGGUCUCAGUUACCUGCACAAGUCUGGUGUCAUUCAUCGUGAUAUCAAAGCCGCCAAUGUCCUCAUUACUGCUACCGGGAAGGUUAUGAUAUGCGAUUUCGGUGUCUCCGCUCUCCUCCCCACAACGUCUAGCAAGCGGAACACAUUGGUUGGAACGCCUUAUUGGAUGGCGCCGGAAGUCGCUCAGUCUGUCCCGAACUACGAUACGAAAGCCGAUAUUUGGAGUCUAGGAAUCAUGAUUUAUGAGAUGGUCAAGGGCAGCCCUCCGCACUCCAACAUGUUGGCCGCCCAAGUGUUGCAACUCUUGCCAAAAGCGAAGCCUCCUCGCUUGAGCGAGACGGAUGGUAGCAAAGAUAUGCGUGAUUUUGUUGUUAGUUGUCUGCGAGAGUUGCCGACUGAUCGUCUAUCAGCGGAUGAGUUAAUGAAGACCCGAUGGAUUAAAUCAUCUGCCAAGAUCCCUGUUGCCAGCCUCAAAGUCCUCGUGACGCAAUACGAGGACUGGCUACAGACAGGAGGAUCUAGGACCAGUCUUGCCCAGCCCCUCGAUUGGGAAGCAGAGGAAACGAGAGAGUGGGUGUUUUACGUGUAUUGA